UGUUAGGCUUCGAGAAGAAUUCGUGGGCGUCCCGACCCGCUCGCUCGACCCUCUUAAGACCCAAGGAAAAAGUCUGUAGCAUCACUUCCCGUCUCUUUUCCCCGCAGAGCCGUGGGCGCCGCCCUCUUCCUUCCUCAUACGUGGUCGAGAGGGAGACUCGGCGGAGGCGCCGUCGAGAGGCAACCGAGGAGGGCAGACCAGGUGUAAUGUGAGUGACCGCGACCACCUGAGCCGUCGGUCAUGUGGCGGCGGGUCGGAGGGACGCGACAGCCGCCCAGCCCGCCACACCGUCGAGGCGAGUCACGGGGCACUGAGCUCCUCCUCCUCCUCCAGCGGAUCUUCCUCGCACAGCCGGCAACGAAGCACGGUUUCCCGGCGAGGCCGUGGCGUUCCGACCGCACAACGUGAGUGUUCUCUGAAGGAGGAGGACUCGGCCAGUCAUGCCAGGCCGGUGCGACGUGAGUGAGUGAUAUUUUUCUGACGAAGUGCAGGAUGUGGUGAUCGAAAUGGCGGAAUUCUGAUGUAUGGUGUUGGAGGAACCAGUGGCUUUUGGAAUAAAAUUUUAACAAUUGUGAAUUUACUGAAUUCGAAAAUAGUUAUUCCAAAAUUAUUUUAAAAGGAGUGAGACAUAAAAGGAAAUUAGAAAGGAAAGAGAAAGAAAGGAUAGAAAGUAAAAGAGAAAGAGAGAAAAAAGGAAUCUGGUGUAGAGGAAGCAUAUUCCAAUGAAGAAAGAGGGGAAUGCACACGGGUGUAGAUCUCUAGUCAAACCGCACUACUGAAACGUCGAAAACUUGUCCGAACGAACUUCUGAAGUCAGAAAUGUAACUUUGAAGAAGAGAAGAAACGACGUGAUAGAUUUUACGACUUUAAAAAACUGAAGAGACAGGAAGCAAAACAAAAAAAAUAAAGAGAACAAGAAAGCCCAAGGAGCAGUACUUACAGCAGACGCGAGGGUCGGCCGAGGACACAGAGAUGGCGUUGAGUCGGAGGAUCAAAUUCGGAUACGGCGUCGGGCAUGUCCUCAACGACCUGUGCGCCUCCAUGUGGUUCACAUAUCUGCUCGUCUACCUUCAGUAUGUUCUGCAGCUGGAUCGAGGCUUAUCCGGCUUCCUGCUGAUGGUGGGGCAGGUGGCGGAUGCUGUCUCGACGCCUCUCGUGGGGAUGCAGAGCGACCGGGGAUGCAGCAUCUCGAACUACGGCAGGAGGAAGACUUGGCAUCUCAUCGGCACCAUCUGUGUCCUCGUCUCUUUUCCAUUCAUCUUCAUCGUGUGCGGAAUCUGCUUCGGCGCCCUUGGCUUCGGCUACGUUCUCUUGCUGGGCUUCAUGAUUUGCCUCUUCCAGUUCGGCUGGGCUUCCGCGCAAGUCUCUCAUCUCGCUCUCAUCCCGGACUUGACGGACUCGAAGGCCGAAAGAGAGGAACUGAACUUAAUCAGGUAUGUGUUCGACGUGUGCAGUGACGUCUUGGUGUACCUCGUGGCUUGGGUCGCCUUCUCCGAAGACUCGUUUGAAGAGCGGUUCAUUGAUCCGGGAGAUUCGGGGAAAUUCAAGAGCAUCACCCUCACCAUCCUGGUCGUCGGCACCAUCUUCUCCACCAUCUUCCACGUGAUGACGCCUGAGGACACGAGCGGCAGGUGGUCGCGCGACGACGAGGCCGAGAUCAUCACGCAGGAGGCCGGCACAGCGCAGACGCCGGCCGAAGACGCUGCAGAAGGGGACCGCGUCAGGAGACCGAGGGUGCAGAUGACGUGGCGGGACUGGCUGACGGAGCCGCAGUUCUACCAGGUUCGGGCGUUCGUGUCCUGGGCUCGCCUGGUGGCCAAUCUUGCAAACAUAUAUAUGCCAAUUUACCUGCAGGAGACUGUACAUGCAAAGGAGACCAUGAUCGCGCUCAUCCCUCUAGUGAUGAGUUUAUCCGGCGUCGGUGCUUCCUUCCUCCUCCGGCUGCUGAGGAAGGGGAUUGGCAAGAAGGCAGCGACGGUCGUGGGCAUCGUCGUGGGUCUAGUGGCGAGCACGUGUCGCCGCUGGUCCAGCUGGGAUCUCUCCGUGGCCGAGCUGUGGGCGUCCCGGUUCCUGCUGGCCCUCCUGGUACCCUUCGGCCGUGAUCUGAUCGGACGCAGCACCAACAGCUCAGCCUUCGUGUACGGAAGCAUGAGUUUCGGGGACAAAGUGCUAAACGGCAUUGCUGUCUUCAUGAUCCAGGAACUGACCCGAGUGGCAUGCGAGGGUCCCAACUGUUCCAUCUAUUACCGUCAUGUCAUGAGUCUUGGCAUAUUCGUUCCGCUAAUCCUGGCAUUUGUCGCUAUUUGCAUUCUCUCGCGUGUCAAGUUGGGGCGCACGCGGAAACUCGUACAAGCUCAACAGGACGAGGAAGAGACAAGCGUGAGCUCCAUCCACUCCGAAUCGAGUGAAAUUCUCUUGUCUCCCGGGACCAACCUCGGUUAUGGCGCCAUUACCAAGGCGUAGACUCGUGAUAAUAAGUUGGGUAUCGAGGCACUCAAUGCAGAUGUAUGGGUCUUUCCAGCAAUGUUCAUUUUUUAAUUGAUCAUGUUUUUUUUUUUUCAAUACUGUAGGCACAUUAUUCGACAAAGUAGAGGCUGUUUUGUUAUAAUUUCGAAUCGGGUCCGUUGCGCAUUGGAAUUUCAACAUCGAUUCGCAUUUUUUUUUUAAAGAUUUAUAAUUUUUUUUCUUUUUGAUUUAAUUGUCCUGAGAGAUCUGUGCUGUUCAGAUUAUUCCCAAUAAAACACGAAAAUAAGGAAAAAAUACGAAUAAAAGAAACACGAAGAAUCAAAAUGUUAAAAGCAAAGAUAAUUUGGUUUAUUCAUUAGAGAUAGCUUACACUUUUACAAAUGCAUAAAGAAUAUUCCAUUCUUUGUUGGAUACAUGGUUCCCCAUAGAAUACGUUGAAAGAGUAACAUUGUAAAUCAUGAAUAUAUUAUAUCCACAGUAACACACGAAUCAUAGCUGUUGUUUAACCGAUCG